AUGGAGCUCCUUUCGAGAUUUUUGUUCGUGGUUUUUCUGCACUCUUGCGGAGCAACUAGCAACCGCCAGUGUCUCCCCGGAUCAAAUAUAUUUGCUUGCAUUCUGCCAUUGUUUGACUAUGAGCCCGGAAAGGACAUUCCGCUAUUCAACUUGUCGGCCGACGUUACAUCGAUACGCUUCGUGAAACCGCUCUACAACACGCUGGAAACAGAGUACGUGAUUCACAUCUACGAUGCCGUGCUUCACCGGCAGCUGAACUCACCUCAGGCGAUCGAACUGAUCGGUACCAAUGUGAAGGAGCUGGAGAUCAGCCCGAACCUGCAGUAUGCCGAUUUUUCCGACAACAACAUCCAAUUGGUGCACGUUUCCACGGAACAUCCACCAGCUUUGCGCUAUCUGAAUUUAAACUUCAACAAGAACCUGCGUCCGGCAAACAUCAGCAAACUCGUGAGCCUCGAGACACUGGUUCUGAGCAGAUGCGGAUUCGAGACACUGCCAGCGGAGGUAUUCGUAAACCUGAAUCGGCUGGCGCAUCUUACGCUCACGGGCAACCACAUCAAGCAGGUCGAGCUGAGACAACUUCCGCCGAGCCUGGUUUUGCUGCAGCUGAACAGAAACUGGAUGAGGACGUUCGACUUUGCCAGCGCCCGGAUGCCGCUGCUCGAGCAGCUGAACAUCGAGUUCAACGAUCUGAAUGAUUUGAACAUCACCGUGCUGGUCGCGAUCGCCCCGAAGCUGCGUUUUCUGGCCGUUGGUAGUAAUCCGAUCAAGCGGGCCACUUUGAACCUCAUCCUGGAUGCGCUGAACCGGCACAACAUAUCGUACUACAACAUUGAGCUGUGGUCCGAGGAGAUUUGCGAUGUGGACGAACGCCGCUACCGAGGCGUGUGCAUUCCAAGCUCAAGCUUUACGCUCGAGUGGAACGAUUGGCUCGAUCUGGGACUGUUCCUGUGCUUACUGCUGGCUUUGGUGGUUGGCAUCGCGUUUGGAGUCCAGAAGCUGCUCAAGAAGCAACUUCUCCCCUGGCAGCUCGGUGCAAUCUGAAUCGUUGAAGCUCAAUAAAAGCGCAGUAAA